AUGCAUGAGGAGGGCUGGGCGGAUGGAGGGACGGAGGGAGGACAGCAGGAGGAGGGCUGGGCGGAUGGAGGGACGGAUAGAGGACAGCAGGAGGAGGGCUGGGCGGAUGGAGGGACAGAGGGAGGACAGCAGGAGGAGGGCUGGGCGGAUGGAGGGACGGAGGGAGGACAGCAGGAGGAGGGCUGGGCGGAUGGAGGGACGGAGGGAGGACAGCAGGAGGAGGGCUGGGCGGAUGGAGGGACGGAGGGAGGACAGCAGGAGGAGGGCUGGGCGGAUGGAGGGACGGAGGGAGGACAGCAGGAGGAGGGCUGGGCGGAUGGAGGGACGGAGGGAGGACAGCAGGAAGAGGGCUGGGCGGAUGGAGGGACGGAGGGAGGACAGCAGGAGGAGGGCUGGGCGGAUGGAGGGACGGAUAGAGGACAGCAGGAGGAGGGCUGGGCGGAUGGAGGGACAGAGGGAGGACAGCAGGAGGAGGGCUGGGCGGAUGGAGGGACGGAGGGAGGACAGCAGGAGGAGGGCUGGGCGGAUGGAGGGACGGAUGGAGGACAGCAGGAGGAGGGCUGGGCGGAUGGAGGGACGGAGGGAGGACAGCAGGAGGAGGGCUGGGCGGAUGGAGGGACGGAGGGAGGACAGCAGGAAGAGGGCUGGGCGGAUGGAGGGACGGAGGGAGGACAGCAGGAGGAGGGCUGGGCGGAUGGAGGGACGGAUAGAGGACAGCAGGAGGAGGGCUGGGCGGAUGGAGGGACAGAGGGAGGACAGCAGGAGGAGGGCUGGGCGGAUGGAGGGACAGAGGGAGGACAGCAGGAGGAGGGCUGGGCGGAUGGAGGGACGGAUGGAGGACAGCAGGAGGAGGGCUGGGCGGAUGGAGGGACGGAGGGAGGACAGCAGGAGGAGGGCUGGGCGGAUGGAGGGACGGAUGGAGGACAGCAGGAGGAGGGCUGGGCGGAUGGAGGGACGGAGGGAGGACAGCAGGAGGAGGGCUGGGCGGAUGGAGGGACGGAGGGAGGACAGCAGGAGGAGGGCUGGGCGGAUGGAGGGACGGAGGGAGGACAGCAGGAGGAGGGCUGGGCGGAUGGAGGGACGGAGGGAGGACAGCAGGAGGAGGGCUGGGCGGACGGAGGGACGGAUGGAGGAUAG